AAAUGCUCAUCCAUUCGCCUUUCUCUUUCAUUCGCUCGUACGGAUAAUCGUAUACUUUUGAUAUACUUUCUCUCUCUCUCUUUCUCUCCCACUGCUUCUCACGCAUACACACAAGCUCGAGAGGACUCUCGCUCACGAAUAGCCGUGCUCCCGGCUUACUAAGGAUACGAUUUUCCUUCGCGUUCGAAGCGAGUUACCAGCGAGGAUACACCAUCAACCACAGUCAUAGCCAAGUCCUCGACGGAUCGUGACGCACCGAAUCGUAACGCUCUUCGUGCAGUGGAAGCCGGUUUUAAAAAAACACACACCAAUCUACACAGUGAAUAAAGUAUUUGAAUAAAAUUACAGAAAAAAGUUUCUUUUUUUCUGAACGGUUUUUUCGGGAAAAUAAUAACGGAAAACAUUUAAUUAAUAACGCAUUGUUCGACGGACAUUACGAGCUGGUUUUCAUUGCUAAAAUUUCAAUUACUUGUGAAGGAAAAACCAUCCAACCGAAUAGUGUGAUAAGUGAUAUCCAAAAGUGAUUAUAAAACAAAUAUAAUAACACAAAACUACAACGUUAAAUUUCACGUGAGUGUACGUGUGUGUUGGAGAGUGAAAAAAAAGCAGUUUGGUGAUAAGCCACACGUUUAUCACCGCUAAAGUGCAGCCAGAAAGCAACAACGAAAAAGUUGCCGUGAAUCCAUCGUGAAUUCUUGGUGAAUUUUACUCUAUCCUUCUUCGUGUACGAUCACCCGGCAUCCCAAGUGUGUUGACCAAUGACGAAAAGAAAAGCAGCGGCCAUGUUACACAACAACAAUAACAACAAGGAUUCUAUAUCCAUGCCGUUCAACACUGAGACAACGGAAAACAAUGGAAGCACGGCCAACACACCCGGCGAAGAUGCGUAUGCGGGGCUGAUCAAAGAUGCAGACAAGUUUAAGCUGAUGCUACUGGCGUGGAACUAUCAGAACUCGGCGGCAGGUAAAUCACAAAACGGAGCGGAAGGACCGGACCUGGCGACGAUGACGAACCUGUGGCAACAGUACCAGAACGCGCUGGCGAUGACGGGCAAGACGAACUUCAACCAACUGCCGGUAAGUGAGCGACAAUCGUCCCCCAUAGAACAGCAGCAGGACGAAACCAACUCGUCCGAACAGAAGGACGAGGACGAUCUUUCCGAGGACGACUCGGAGGAUCGUCUCGAGGCGACGGUAAACGAUCCGGAACGGUUGAAAGCGUUCAACAUGUUCGUCCGAUUGUUUGUCGACGAAAAUCUCGACCGCAUCAUCCCGAUCUCGAAGCAGCCGAAGGAGAAGAUACAGGCCAUCAUCGAUUCCUGUACGCGCCAGUUCCCGGAGUUUGCCGAGCGCGCCCGGAAGCGCAUCCGGACGUACCUGAAGUCCUGCCGGCGGAACAAGAAGACGCGCGAGGGCUGGGAGAACACGUCCCGCCCCACGCCGGCACACCUUACGUCGGUGCAGGCGGAACAGAUACUGGCCGUGGCGUGCGAAAACGAGAGUCUCAAUGCGAAGCGCAUGCGCAUCGGGCUGGAGCCGAUCAGCCAGACGGUCAGUCAACCGGCGGCGGUAAGUUUUAUGACGUCGGCCGAAUCACCGACGGCAGUGCCGAACAUGUACCAGAACCUUACCAACCGCGAACAAGAGUCCACGUCCGUGUCGACGAUCAAAAGUGAACCGAUGACAAGCGUACCGAAGAUAUCGCCCGUACCCAGCACACCGACACCGGACAUGAAUCAGAUGAAGCUUAACAUACCCAGUGCCAGUGCCAGUUCGACACCCACCAUCCCAACGACCGUACCUACCAUUUCCAACUUUCACGACUACAAUACCGGUUUCUCGAACCGCUCCCAACACUAUCAAAACUUUAUGAACUCCGUCAACAGCAGUAGCACGAGCAGCGGUGCCACGACCAACACGACCAUGUCCGCUGCCGGCACCGGUGAGUUGUGGAAUCAGCUGAGCGAUUCAGCGCCGACCGAUCUGUCGAUGAAACGGCCAAUAUUGGCCCAUAAACUCAACAGUGCAGAAAUCACAGCGGUCAAGCAGCUCGUCACCGGCUACCGGGAAUCGGCCGCCUUCCUCAUGCGAAGUGCCGACGAGCUGGAGAACUUGCUGCUUCAGCAACAGUAAACGCGGCAUUGAAAUCUUGCGUUUAUUUUAUCCCUCCCGAACAUUUGUAUGUAUAUUGUGACAAAGGAAAGUAAAUUGUAAAAAAAAGAAAAAUUAAAAAGAGCCAGUUAGGGCUAGUGGAAACUUUUUAAGGAAUUUCAGGAAAAUUAAUGUGAACAAAAAAAAGAAGAACAAACCAACAGAAAACCCUACCAGAUAAGAAGAGUGUUCAAUUUAGCCACAAAACGACAACAUGCGAACCAAAAAGCGAGUAUAAGGGAUACAAUGAAUUACACAACUACACAGGGUGAUAAAAUCUCUUAAAUAAAUGUCGUAAAAGAGCGAGUAUGUGACACAAGUGCAAGUGGAAAGUACCAGAAAGGCAGUUAGAAAUGGAAAGCAGAAAACAAAGCUGAAAAAAGAUGAUAAAACAAAAUCAAACGAUGUGGUAACUAGCAGAAAGAACGAAAGAACAGAUAAGAAGAGAAGAAAAAUUGUGUAUAAAUGUAUGAACAAGGUAUCGCAGGAACAGUACAGCGCAAACACGUGCUACAUCUUGCAAAGUUGAGUUUAAGGACAACCGUAAUCGUUUUUUUUUCUAUAAUCAAUUUGUUUAUUUACACUUAACAACUAAUUACUGUACAACACUUAUUACACACUAGCCACUCUGUCCCGUUUUCCUUUCACUCUUAACGUUCUAACGUGAGUCGAUUGAUAUGGUUCACUGGGAGUCGAAGAAGCAAAAACGGACGGAACGCUUCAAAGUCAGUGGAAUAAACUCAUUAUUGGAAGAUAAAAACAUAAUUACAAUCA